AUGUUUAAAUCAAAACCAACAUCAAUGUUAAAAAAGAAAAAUGAUGAUCCUGAUCAAAUAGAUUCUGAUACAUCAUUAGAUAAAUAUUAUCACGAUGAUGAUUUAAUGUCAUCAUCAUCAACAUCAACAACAUCUCCAUCAUCUGAACCAAAGAGGAUGUUUAUUAAAAAACCAACAACAAAAAAAGAUGAACUUAAAUUUGGAGAUGAAAUGAAAUUAACAUUAACUGAUGAUAAUGAUCCUUUAAAAUCAGGAAUAAAAAGACCAUUAAAUCCAUUAGCAAAACCAGAUGUACAAUUUAGUUUGGUUGCUAAUUCACUUGGAAGUACCAUGCCGGGUGAAAAUAAAAAAGAUGAAACACCAUUAUCAACAAUGAAACUCGGUUCUGAUACACUUGAUGAAGAGCAAGAAAAAGCAGAAUUCUUCCGAAAUUUGGAAAACACUCAAGGUGAAAAAAGAAUUGAUUAUGGUAUAUUAAAUCAACAAAUUGAACUCGAUUUAUCACCAACACGAAAUGGAACAGUAAUAAAUUCAUUUGAUAAACAAAUUAAUCAAAUGAGUACACCACUUCAUCAUCAACCGAAUAAUAAUAUUAUUAAAGAAUCUUUAUCAAAUGAACUUGAUCGUGAAAUCGAACAUGAAGAACAAAAAAAAAUGAAUGCAACAACUACGAUUAAACAUGUUACUAUUGCUGAACCGCCAAUUCGUCCAUCAGCAUCAGUUGAUGAUUUUAAUCGAACAACUAAAACAACAUCAGACCAUCUCAUGUUACGUAAAGUACGACGUUGA